AUGUCAUCCAUUCCCAACUUUCACCCAGUCAAGGCGUCUGCUCGAGCGAGCAAGGAAACGACAACUAUAAAGUCACCAUUGCCCUCUCCCCCUAGACAACUCGAGACACUGACACUAGGCUGUAAGAUCAGCUUUGUUCUAGUGUUUCCCCAUUAUCACCUAGUGAAAUCCGACAUUCAAGGAACCGCAAAGGAUAUCGUGCGCAACACGCUUGCAACAACCACCUUCAAAGAUUUCGAAUGCAAGUAUUGCAGUACACCCCACGAAUAUGAACUUCCUCUGUCGCUCAAAGAUCCGAAUGACAGCGACAAAAGAAACAAACUCUGGCAUGUUGAUAUUGACCAUAACGCGCACCUUCACGACGACGAGUCCGACGAUUUGGCUGAGAGAUACUAUGCCGUUGGUGUUCAAGUCAUCAGUCGCGUCUUCAAAUUCCACAACAAGACCAACUGUCCAGGAGACAAGUUUACCAGUCCGAUUGAUGGAAAUUGGAUCUAUCACAACUAUCACGAGAGACGUGCCCAACAUCACUGGUCUGUCGAAAUCAAAGCCGUGGACGACGCUUUGAAGACGCUGAGUCGGAAACCAAACUACAGAGUCUUGACUAAUGAGUUUACAGACUUCAAGGUCUACGUCGGGAACAAUCAUCAUGGUGUGCAUAUGGAUGUCGCCAGAAGUUUGUUGGCCAUCUUUACUGCUUUUGAAAGACAAUUUGAUGCUAUCAACAUCACACCAAGGAUUAGUGGAGGUGUAAAUGGCCAACCUGCCCCAGUGGCUAGCAAACCUGACCUCUACCAUUACUACUCGGAUGACAAGAAUACUAUACAGGAAGAGGCUGGAGAGUCUUCGAAGCCCAUGUCCAGCCUUAACAUGGCUUAUCUCUCGCUCCAGGGCAUCAACACUGGCUAUGAUAUCAGAACCUUCUUGCGCAUUUUCCUCAAAGGAGAUCUCAGCAGAGUUCAACUUCAGAAAAUCAUCGACAACGAGCUUAUUUCCCACCGAAACACAGUCUUGGAUGUAUCUCGCGUCUGGGACGACAAGCUCAUUGCAUACAAUCGCGAAUACGUGACCAAACACUGCAUGAAGAAACCCACGGUAACAUUCCGUUCGCACGCCAGCACUCUCGACUCUGACGAGCAAAUAGCUUGGAUAGAUCUAUGCUGCAUCCUUACUGAACUCUGCUACGAAAAAGACCUUCGACACAUCAACAACUGGACUAGAAAGCGUUGGACUGACCCCCACAACGAGUACACCAUUCUCUCUAUCCUGCAUCACGUCGAUGGCUACAAUAACGAUACCUUUACCUGGUACAAGAAAAUGUCCGUCCCGAUCAAAGACCCGAAAUCCACAAUCGAGUCUCCACAUAUCCCAAGUCUGACUCUCGAGAUGGAAGCAGAGCUUGCCCACAGCGAUCCUCUAAAGACGACCAGGGUUCCUGAAGCAGUACUGGUUGGUCAAGCACGACACAAAAGGUGUGAUAAUGUUAGAGACAAGAUCAAGCACAAGUUCGAUAUGGGAUUGUAUGGCAAGUUUCCGAAGGAGACGGUGAUUGAGUUUAUGAGGGAUCAUCACGAGAAGAAGGCGUUUUUGAAGAGUGAUUGGCAGAAGCUUAUACUCAAGCCGGAGUGA